AUGGCGUACCCCAACCAAGAAACAGAGGUCAAGGUCUCCAGCCAGGGAGCUGACAGCUUCGUGAGCUGGUACUACCAGGACCUCAACGACCACCGCUCCCUUGCGUCCUACUACGUAAACUCAUCAUCCAAAUACGCCAACGCAGGCGUCACCGCCGAUGUCACGAUCAACGGCGCGCACCUAGCCAACCCAACCGAGUACGAGGCGCUGCUCGACGCGCAGCGAGGCGUCAACAAGACCAACGGCGACCACAACACCAGGUCCGGCACGACCAAGGUGCGCUACGAGGUCGCCAGCCACGACACCCAGGUCCUCAACAACGACUACGGCCUCGGCUGCCCGGAAGGCAUCCUCAGCAAGGGGCCCGACAAGAGCGGCGGGCGCAUCUCCAUGCUCGUCACGGUCAUGGGCGUCGUCCACCUUGGAAGCGGGGCCGACACGCAGCACAAGCGGUUCCACGAGGUCUUCGUGCUGGUGCCCAACUGGGACGUGAGGGGCCGCAACGCGCCGCGCAACGGCAAGAGAUUCCUCAUCUCCUCGCAGAACUACAGGACGCUCUAG